AUGUUAGUGUCAGACAGGUUAUUAGACGUUCUUUUCCACAACAAAACCAUCGAAGUCAGGUUUGCGAGGGAUGCUAGGUGUAACACAAUAAGAUGUUACAAUCAAUCUGAACAUGACUCUGAGUCAUCGCACCGAAAUCUGGUUUUAUCCGUCCGUCCCACUUAUAAGACCAAGCCGAAGCGGCGAAUGAAAUUGUUACCUGAAGGAAUCAAGCCCGAUUGGACAAUGGAAAAAGAAAAGGAAAUGGCAAGCAAGAAACUGGAUGACGAGGAAAGUUUGGUUCCUACGGAACUGCCAGAGGAAAAGCCUAAGACCAGCACCUCAAAAAUUGUCGACGUUGUCAAAUCUACGGCUCAUGUUUUGUUGGAAAAGAAAAAAGAAACAUGUUGUCUCCUCCCACAAAACUGCUGUCUCCUAUCCGAUAAAUGUCCUGUGAGCAAAUUGCCAGUGGUACGGCAAAUAAAGGAAAAACUUGUCCAUCACAAAGAAGAAACCGCUGAAACGGCUUGAAGUUUAUCGAUUUUCAAAAAUUGUCUGCCUGUAAUCAUGAAUGUUGUGAAAAGUAAUGUAAUAUUUUUUGAUUGAUUUGUGACUGAUAUGUGAUUUUAUCGAAGUUGAUCUGG